CCGUGAUACUGACAAAGCUCAGCACCUGCCUGCCUUGGCCAGGCCAGACCCCACGAUCACUGGGGUCUUCCUGAGUUGAGACCCUGGAGGUCUUGUGGGUCCCGACCCUGAAUGUGACCCGGCAGGAUAGGCCCAGUGUACCUGAGGGCAGAGGGCAGUGGCAGCAGUGCCCAGGGGAGGCGGAGAGGGUGAGAGAGCCACACCUACUUGUGCACACAGCCCCUCCUCCCUCCCUGCAACUCUGGGGCUUGCAUACCAAUGGGUGCACCUGUAUGGGUCCCUGUGUGUGUGUACAGGAUCCGAGGGGAAUCAGUGAGGAGUGGAUGGGCAGGACAUGGCUUAUGAUGGACACACAUGCAUACACACAUGCACGUGUACACACAAGCACACAUGUACACACGCACUAUAUACGUGUACACAUGUAUGUGCACACACAUAUACACACAUACAUGUGCACAAUGAUUUAGAUAAUAUGUUUAUUCCAGUUCAAUAAAAACUCUGAAGUCCACACAUAGGACUGCAAUAGCAGUCCAAAGAGCAGAGAGGAGGAGUCAAGAUUAAAAAAACAUUCUGGACAGACAUUGGUCAGGUAGGAAGGCAGAGGCUGUGCCAGAGCGCCUGAGGUCAGGCUGCCUACUGCCUUCUUCUGGCUGCUCCCUCCUCUGCCGGAGCAGGUGCCACACUCAGGUUUCCCUGCAGCCGGUCUGUGUGUGACCCCGCAAAGCCAUGUGGCUGUGGCUGGCGGCCCUCGUGGGCCUGUACUACCUGGUGCGCUGGUACCGGGAGAGGCAGGUGGUGAGCCAGCUCCUGGACAAGUUCGUCUUCAUCACGGGCUGUGACUCGGGCUUCGGGAACCUGCUGGCCAGACAGCUGGACAGGAGGGGCUUGAGGGUGCUGGCUGCGUGUCUGACGGAGGAGGGGGCCGAGCAGCUGAGGCGCCAGACAUCGGACAGGGUGGAGACGGUGAGCCUGGAUGUCACCAAGACCGAGAGCGUCGCAGCCGCCGCCCAGUGGGUGCAGGAGCGCGUGGGAGACCAAGGGCUCUGGGGCCUGGUGAAUAACGCUGGCAUCUCCAUGCCCACGGCCCCCAACGAGUGGCUGACCAAACAGGACUUUGUGGACGUGCUCAACGUGAACCUGCUGGGGAUGAUCGAGGUGACCCUGAGCCUGCUGCCCGCAGUGAGGAGGGCCAGGGGCCGCGUGGUCAACGUCUCCAGCGUCAUGGGCCGCCUGUCGCUGUUUGGUGGCGGCUACUGCAUCUCCAAGUACGGUGUAGAGGCCUUCUCGGACUCCCUCAGGAGGGAGCUGUCCUACUUUGGGGUGAAGGUGGCCAUCAUCGAGCCCGGCUACUUCAAGACUAGGGUAACCAGUAGCGAGAGAUUCAUCCAGAGCUUCAGGGGACUGUGGGACCGGGCCAGCUCAGAGAUCAAGGAGUUGUAUGGCGAGAAAUUUCUGGCAGCCUACAUGCAAUCAACUAAAUCUAUGGAGCAAAAGUGCACAGAGGAUCUGUCCAUGGUGACGGACUGCAUGGAGCACGCGCUGACCGCCUGCCACCCCCGCACCCGGUACUCCCCCGGCUGGGACGCCAAGCUCUUCUACCUCCCCAUGAGCUACAUGCCCACCUUCCUGGUGGACGCCAUGGUCUACUGGGGCACCCCACGGCCAGCCCAGGCCCUGUGAAGCCUCACCCGGGGCGCCUGGUGGUGCAGAGCUGGACGUUGAGUGACUCUCUGCUAUGGCCAGGGAAAGCAGCCGAAGAUGAUCCAAGUGCUUGGGCCACUGCACCCAGAGGAGGCUCCUGGCUUCUGAUCAGCCCACCUCUGGCCAUUCUGACCAUUUAGGGAGUGAACCAGAGGAUGGAAGACCUUUCACUUCCUCUGUCUGCAACUCUCUCUCUCAAAUGAAUAAAGAAAUAAAAAAUCAA